AUCGAUAGCUAUAAAUAGCCCGUGUUAUAAAACGUAAACCCCCGCGUAAUGAAUAAGAUCCGGAUAUACGAGCAUUGCAUUGGCGUGUUUCUGACAUUCUAGCAGCAUAACCUUCUUUUGCAUGUCAUCUCAGAUCGGUCGAAGGUCUCUUGACAGGAUAUGACAUGAUGUUGGAGCCCUGAGUUGUGUAAGCGACGUCGCAAUGAGGUUGGCACGAAAGCGCGUAUGUAUUGUCGGGGGUGGUGCGGCUGGAAUGGCUGCUGCCUGGAGCAUGGGGCAGCACGGAGACCAGUUUGAGGUCGAGAUGUGGGAAAAGGCCUCUGUUCCCGGGGGAGUCGCCACUAGUAUUGAUGUCGGGGGUGGCAUGUUCAUCAACGACGGAGUCCAGGGCUACACCCCGACCUACCGAAAUGUGGUCAACAUCCAUAAGUCUCUUGGAAUCACGCACACCCCUGUCGAGUUCACAGUCUCUUUCGGGAAGGAUGAGACGUGUUGGAAUAAUUGGAGGGAGAGAGACUUGGUGGCGAGACUCAGACCUGAGAUCAAGCGGUUUGGAGAUGUCCUCAAAUGGAUACAAAGAAUGGAGCCUCUUUCCGUCCUUUGGCCCAUCAGCCUCGUCUUGAAUGUGACGGGAUUCCCGGAAGAGUUCGGCGACCUCAUGGUAUACCCACUGGUAGCCCUGUUUUUUGGGACAGGUAACCAAACACCACGCAUCUCCUCGGCGGUUGUCGCUAGAGUUUUCUUAGACCCCGACUUGCGGUUGUUCCAUUAUUGUCCCGAGAGGUUGCUGAAUAUGAAGCCAAGGAUGUUUGCGUUCGACAAUUUAGAGGAGGUUUAUUCUAAGAUGGCAAAGAGUUGUGGCGACAACGUUAAGGUUCUGUGUAAUAAGACAGUCAGUAGGGUGGUGCGGUCAAGUGAUCUAGUCUACGUUUACGAGGAGGGCUCGGAGAAUCCGACAGAAUAUGACGAAAUUAUCCUUGCCUGCGACGCUGAGACCAGCCUCAGAAUCCUAGAGAAGCCCACAUAUUGGGAGAGGAAAUGUUUGGGCAAUGUUGAGUACUAUGAUGACGUCACCUUCACUCACGAAGACCGUGACUACAUGCAUAAAUACUAUGACGUCGACAUCAACACUGACCAAUACUUCGUCAGGACCGACCCGCAGGAUCGGAAAAAAAUCGAAAUGUCAUUCAACCUCUCGAACUAUCAGCCACAGCUAAAACAUAAACCGAAUGACAGGAAUAUAUUUCAGACGAUAUUCCUGGACAAGCGGGACCGGGCUAUUUGGACGGAGCAGGACAUCUCAAAGGACAAGAUUCUCUGUGAGAAGUGGUGGCGGCAAAUGACCCAUACUUGGCGCCAUUUUGCGUCCGUUCCGCCCUUGGUGCGGUUUAUACAGGGGACGAAACAUACGUGGUACUGUGGGUCGUGGACGUUGGCAAACACGCACGAAGUGGCAACUAUCUCAGGUCUGACAGUAGCUCACCGACUCGGGGCAGAAUACCCGUUCACGACAGACGAGUUCGCGUGUAAACAGUUCGACUUUUACAUCGAGGCCAUCCAUGGCACAACUAGAACGCCCAGGUCAUGCUGUUCCCGUUUCGGCAGUAAACUUUGGUUUGGGGCAAAAGUGUUUGGAGCUAGCAUUGUCGGCCUCCUCCUUCUGCCGUUUGCCCUGUUAGCCCUGCUGGGAGUAUUCCUAAAAGGCCGUGUACUCCGCUCAAGGGCCACGCAACGAUUACGACACCGAUGAGAUGGGAUCACUGACAUCGGCGGAGGUGACGUGAUGUCAUCUCACGUGAAUCCUUGACGAAAUCGGACCGGUAGUUCUUGCACAUCGGCCCAAAAAGACGUGGUCAUUUACUUCUGAAACCGACUAUGUAUAUAUGAAGACUUUAGUAAUGUAUAUAUGAAAAACGUUAGUGAACAUAUGAUUUAAAAAUCAUAUGGCCCAAAUUCAUAAAGGGCGUUUAAGGGUUAGACAUGUACAACUUCUCUCUAAUCAGUUUCAGGGCCUAUUCAUAUUCUGUGAAGAUUCACAUCAAGGGCCAGAAUCUGUCUAUUCAGUAGUUAAACGCUGUUUUAAGCUAAACGCCCUUUAUGAAUUUGGCCCCAUAUGUUUACAAAUACAAUCAUAAUGUUUUUUUCUCCCAUGCUGUAGUACAUUAGUAGUAAUGGAUAUCUGGUAGUAUUAACUACGGAACUUUUAUCAAUGGGGGA